GUACCUACAUCUUUCCUCUGCCUUUGAGUUCGCGCACGUGCAAUGCGUUUGUGUUUAGGAGUAAUUACCUCCUAGUGGCUCUCUUUUACUGGUUACGCUUAACUUUAUAGUAUAUUUUAGUAUAUAUUCAACUGACGCAGGCAGCUGUUCAAACAUGCAAAGGAGCCUACACUAACCGGGUGAAGACAUGAGGACGAUUGAGUUUGACUCCUCAUCAGAUGAUGAAGACAUUGGGGAGGAGCAGCUGACUCCCAUCCACAUCUCCUGGUUACCUCUGUCAGUAGUCGAUUGCUCACAGUUUCUGGGAAUAUGUGCUCUACCAGGUUGCAAAUACAAGGAGAUAAGGAGGAAUUUGCAGAGCGAUGUUGAGGAGCUCCACAGCCAGGGCGUCCAGGACGUGUUCGUUUUCUGCACCAGGGCAGAACUGAACCAUUACCGUGUCCCCGCCCUGCUGGACGUCUACCAGCAGAGAGGAUUCACCGUCCACCACAUGCCUUUUCCAGAUGGAAGUGCCCCGGAGCUGCCGCAGUGCUGCCAGAUCCUGGAGGAGCUGCAGUUCAGCCUGGAGAACAACAGGAGGACGUUGGUCCAUUGUUUCGGAGGCCUGGGACGAUCUGCAUUAAUCCUUUUGUUCAGUCGCUGCCUGUCUGCUGCUCAGGCUUUCCCCAUCCAUGACCCCAAGCAAAGCCAUCGACAUCCUCAAGGAGUACAGAGGAGGAGCCAUUCAGACUGUGAAGCAAUACAACUUCCUGCAGGAGUUCCAGGAGAAGUACACGGCGUACCAGCAGAGCAGAGACGUCUUCACCGAGCGCUCAGUGUCUCGGUGACGGCUGACGUUUAUUUUAAUUGCUGUUUCUCUUCUGUCAGUGUUUGAUGUUUUGGUUGUGGGAGAUGAAAUCAGGUUUUGUGAUGGUUGCACUUUAACAAAAAAAAUAAUAUAUUUGCUUUCUUUGACGCUGGUUUUAAUCGAAAAAAGAAAAUUCAAAGUUGUGUGUACUGUUACUUGGUUGAUAAGUUACAUUUUUUGGCAUUUUAGCAAAAACUAUGAUUAGUAUGUAGAUUUUGGAUGAAUUUCUCAAGUCAUAGUGUAUUGUUAUGCUCUGUCAGUUUUUAAAAUCUAAACCAAAAUGUUGCUUUUUUGUCUGGGUGUUUAUUUUGGAUGCAUUUUAUUGAAUGUUUUAAUAAAUUCUUUAAUUAUUAUUUUUAAUUAGAUAAUUCAUGUAGUGCAUGGGGGUAUUUUGAUGAGUGUUAUUGGGAAAUAUUUUUCCCCAUUUUCUCGCCCUUAGUUAUGCAAAACCUUUUCCCCUAGUGUGGGAUCAAUAGUGAUCUAAUCUGUAAUCUAAAUUUUUAUACAACUUAUUUUUUUAAAAAGCUAAAUUUAAUGCUACAAAUUAAUCAAACUAUUAAGCAAGCACUAUGCUUGGUCAAACAGAAUAUUCAAAAAAUUGUAACCUUACAAAUUAAUAAAGUACUGUGAUUAAAAUUUCAAAAUAUAUUUUGUACAAAUUCUUUUUUUUGAAACAAAAAUACUUCAAUCUACUUUAAAGAGUGGGGUUUUUUAUUCAGAUUCAAAUCAAGUCAAAACAUUAUUUAUCCGAUGUGACACAGUGGGAUUAAAAAGACAUGAAAGUUAAACUUUCUCACACACAUGACCAUUCUCCCUGAUACAGUAAAAGUUGUAGUAAAAUGGCAAUAAAUACUUUGUAUCCUUUAA